AUGCAGCCUUACUUGGAGGAGGCCCGCGCGCUGGCCAUCAUCUUGGGGUUCGACGUGGCGGGGGUUGUCGGGCUGCCUGGGGACGAGAGGUUCGUGUCCGAUCCUACCUCCUCGCACUUCGGAGAGCAGGUGCCGCCGCAGAUCGACGAUGUCUGGUUGCAUGCUGUCAAGGUGGCGGAUGGUCGCACGUUUGUCUCGUACUUGUCACUCUCUCGCGGAGGUGCUGGACGCGACCCGUGGGUCGUCGGGGACGAGAGGGAUCCAGACGGAGGGCGCUUCAUCGAGUUCCGCGACCCCGCGAGGUGGGCGAAGGAGGCUGUCGUCCCGGGCUGGCCGCUGCAGGGCAGGAGGGCCGCUCGCGAGGCGGUCGUGGCUCUUCGAGACGGUGGCCAGGGCGCGUCGGGGGAUCAUCACAUUACCUGGCUUCGGCGGAAGGGAGUGGCUGAGCGGAGCAACGUUGUGUGGGAGCACCCCAUGAUCUGCGUGGCGCUGCGCAUGAUGCAGCAGUUCGACAAGCUCGACUUGUACAAUGUGUCUGGUGCCGAGUACCUCAUCAGACGGUUGAGGCAGCUCGAGGCCGCCGUCCGCAAGAACCCCAGGGCCCCCGAUUUCCAGGGCCUCGACCUCGUCCUCGACACGGCCGUGGACGACACGGGCGCCCGUGCGCUGGCUCAGACCAUGAAGGCGAAGCGGCAGCGGCAGGAGGAGACGACGGCCGCGCUACCGAGGGCCCCACCCAAGGGAGGCGCCGCCGGCUCUGGCGGUUAG